AUGGAAAUCGAAGCCGUACUUGAUCAAGCCGAUCCGCCCCCAUCACUCAAUACACUGCCGCUAGAGAUUCGAUUCAAGAUCUUCAAAGAGCUACUCAUCAAUCCUGUUCUAGGAGAAUUGAAAUCUAUUCUGGGAAACUACCAAGUCCAGGCUCCAAAUGACCCUAUCAAAUAUCAUCUGCAUCCUUCGAUUCUCAGAGUCUGUCGACAGAACUACGAGGAAGGAUGCGAGAUCUUGUACUCUCAGCCAUUCUUCCUAUGCUAUAACAGACAAAUGUUAAAUAUGGGCCAUCCGCAAGGGAAUAAAAACAUAUUUACUCCUCUGUUGAGGUAUGGUGGUUCAUACCGCCAAAAAGGCCUGGAUUGCAAAGAAAUCAAAGCAAUAACACAACCGGCAUUUAAAAAGGUUCGACAAUGGAGAAUAAUCAUUAGCUCGUACACGAUUAGGAAGGCAAUAAGACCGGAGUGGGAGCACAACCUGUUUCAACACUUCUGCGACCUUGUGUUCGGUGUCCCUAUCAGAGAGCUUGAGGUCAUACUAUGGGACCUAGCCGUACCCGAAUAUGGCGAGGAACUUAUGGAGCCACGACAAACUUUCCUGCCUUUGACAAUCCUUCGAAACGUAGGAAACUUAACUAUCAGGGAGGCGGCACUGGAUGAAUUCCCACCACCUGCACCACGAAAUAAUAGUCGCUUUUCGCAAAGCAACCGCAAACUGUUGCUCGCUUAUCCCGACGAGUCGAACCUCUUAGACAAGAAGUCAUACAAAAAGUUGAAGCGCUUAGUCGAGGGUAAUAGACCGGUCGAGAGGCCUUCUGAAAUGAACAGACACCUCAUCAAUUUUGUACUGUCUUUCGAGAAUUUUGCUCCAUGGAAGCUAGACCUGAGAAAUAUGGGUGAAGAUGUAAUAGCAGUAGCUCAUAGUGGAAAUGCGCCAUUUCGCGGUAUGGGAUUCAAAUCCGUCAGAGCGGACAUUGUUAAGCAUCUUCAGCCACAGUACAAUCGCAUUGUUAAUGCUUCUCGUGUCUUGGUAGCUGCCAUUGAAGAGGACAAAAAAAAGGUACCGGGCUCUUGA